CGUGAGCUGAUAGGUCGCUGCUCAGUGGUCGCAGUAUGGACUAUGGAAUAUAUGGCGGUAUUUACGUAUUAAAUGAUCAACGCUGACACAUUCGCGCUCAGGCUCUACAGUAGUCAGUAGCUGCACUGCCUCAAUAUGGCUACGACUGAAGUGAAUGGAACUGCAGAUUGCUCCGAAAAGUGCCAGAGCCUGAUUGCUCGUACUUUCGAAAUACAUGAACAGUUUUUAGAAAGAGAGGCCAAUUUGAUGAAGAAGCUCAAAGAGCUGGAAAUGAAGGUAAAGGAACAAAAGGAUAAACUUGGGGAGCUACGUGAAUAUCGGAAAGAGAUGGAAAUGAAAGAGAGAGAGGAGGAUGCUGCAACAGAUUCUUUAAAGCAUGAGAUGAAACUUUUAAAAGACAAGAAUCACGAACUUGAAAAUAAGAGAGAGAUGCUGAAGAACAAAAUAGAAGCGUUAAAAAAUUUUCAGCCAUCGGCUGAGGACGCUGCCAAUUUACAGUUAUGUCGGCUCAAAUACCAGCUGUACAAAGACAUAACUGGAGUGCGCUGGAAUUAUAAAGGUAAUGCACCUCAGGGCUAUGUUGUGAAUAAGAAGACUCACUAUGUGAAACCAUUUUCACAGGAAUCUCCCAAUGAAGAUAAGUUGUGGGAGGAAAUUGCAAAAGCCAGCACUGCAGACUGGAGUGCUUUUUCUUGUGAAUGAAUCAUGAAACACCUUGAAAAAUACUUACACUUUUAUAUUUCCAUGACAUUCAAUAUAUUUUAGCUAUUCAUGUGUAAAGUUGUAUAUAGCCCACUGAAUAAACUUAAACAACAGCUGAAUUAACCAUGUUAAACAUUGCUGUUAUCAUUAUCAUCCAGCAUUUUGUGCUGUUGCCCUAGAAUGUUGCCCUUGGGUGACUAUUUAGUCAGUUAUUGGCACACUGGGGUCCUUUCCUGAUUUAGUAUAUUGUUCUUGGAGGCACAGUACAUCUAACUGCCACUCUUCUAACCUCACGCAAUAUGCUGCCACUUCUCAUGGCAUUAAACUGUCCUAUUUUUAUCUCCCAUUAUGGAUGAUGGGUAUGUAUUCAACAGUUUUGCCCUACACAUCUGUAAUCCCAAUAUGUACAGCUGUGCAUCACACAUUGCUUGUAUAACAUAUCUAAGGAGUAUGAUUCCAUGCACAAGUUACUGGGUUUGGUCUUCUUUUUGUAGAACUAUUUAAUGCAGUUGCAUUACAGAUCUGUGCUGGAUAAAUUUACUGUAAUAUUAAAUAAGUAGCAGAAUGUACAGAUAAGGAGUGCAAAUGAGAGAAUCUUGUUUUUCUCACACCACUUUAUAGCAGUAGCCCAUCACCAAGAUUACAGGCCAUAGGCCUACUUAGUGACAAUAACCAAUGUCUGUCAGUACAAGAAUGUUGCACAUAUCUUCAGUGUGAAGAAGCAGUAGCAUUAAAUAAGUAUAGAAUCACUAUUUUCACAACCUGUCCUUUACUACCCUGCACUGCUACCACAAGUUAUCACUUUAAAAUAUGUCACCAACUUAAGCUCAGCAACUCUCCUUCCCACCAUAAAAAAAACUCUGCAUUCAAUUUUAUCUAUCUCAGUGAGGACUUAAGCUUCACACUGAAAUAUUUUUUUUCUCAUUUUGUACAAAAAACAUUGUUUCUGUAAGAGAGGGUGGUUAACCUCAUGUAAAUAUUAUUGUAUCUAAAAGAAGUGUUAGUUUUCAUCAUGUUAAACAAAGCAGAAUAAUAACUGUAUGUAGUUAAAAAUUAAAUUGAUUUGUGAAAGUUUCCGAAAGAAAACUGUGUGGAAUAUACUUACU